GUCACAUGCGCCUGAAUGUUUAGUUUCACUUCCGCAGUGAUCAAAUUAAGAAGUAACGUCACUCGUCUAGAUGCAACAACUCUUUUGUUGUAGUCAACAAAUUAUUCAUAUCAAAUGUUCACCCGGUCGACUACGAAAAUUGUCAUGUAAAGCUUUGUUCGACAUUGGUCGCUAGGUGUUAAUCUGGUGCAAUUUGCUUUAUAAAUAGGGGACACCGUGUCCCAUGUAGCGAGCAUAGCCACUUAGCUUGCUAGUUUAGUGUCGUUACAUUGUUUCUAUUGUGGCAGUUUUCGUUGUUUAAUUGGCUGCAAUAUAGUUAUCCUGCUCGAAUAGUAAAGAUGGCACACUUAAACACAGCGAUUCCUACGCUAGCGUGCUUCCUGGUCAUUCGGCUGCUCCUGUUUGGGAGAGGGGUACAAACUACUAGCGACAACACCAAAAACUGCAAACUGUUCUCGGAGUCUAAAACUGAGCGAAAGGUCCUUACCCUGCUGGAACCCCUUACUGGAAAGAACUUUUCCGUGGACACGCAGGAUGGACAGGACACCUACUCGUACAUCUUCCAGGUGUGUGGUGACGCAGGGGGUUCUAAAGGUGCAGGUGUCAUUCAGAAGAAGAAGGAUGGGGGUAAAGAGUCUGUCGUGGGCAGAUACACUGCGACACAGGCCAUUGGCGGCAGUGACUGGGUCAUGUUGAUCUACAGAAAUGGCUCGCAUUAUGAUAGCCACUGCUCCGCUGAGCAAAGGAAAGCCAUCAUCAUGAUUUCCUGUAAUAGAAAAGUUCAGAUGGGGGAUCUGUCAGUGGUUUUGGAAGACAGAGAAAGAGAGCAUGACUGUUUCUACCUCUUUGAGUUGGAUUCCAGUGCUGUGUGUCCUGCCCUCUCAUCCCAGCUCAGUGCUGGUUCCAUCAUACUCAUCAUUGGGGUCUGCCUUUUGGCAGUCUAUCUCAUUGGAGGAUUCCUCUACCAGCGAUUGGUUGUGGGGGCCAAAGGCAUGGAUCAGUUCCCCAACUAUGCCUUUUGGUUGGAGGUUGGCAACCUCACGGCGGACGGAUGUGAUUUUGUGUGCCGUUCCCGGGGUAACCGAGAGCAACCGCCUACGUAUAGGGGCGUGGCCACAGAACCCCUGGAGGAGGAGCCAGAAGAGAGAGACGAUCACCUGCUUCCCAUGUGAGCAGAAGACUCCCUAGAUGGGACGGCUGUUUUUCUCCUGUGGGAGGAUGUGGACUGUUUCAGGGGUUGUUGCUAGGCUGUAGUCUAAGGUCAGCUUUGCAUUUUCCUCCCAAAGUGGUUAAUAUUUUGAUUUGAGUAAGCCUAAAAAGCUGAUCACAGGUCUAUAGCCUAAUUGCAACUUCCACUCAAAACCCCAUAUACAACAUAUGUGAAGAGAGCUAGACAGAGGCUAAAUUAUCUGUGAUGUGUGACUCCCCUAAACCAUCUCAUUGGUUCAACCUAGAAAUUGGGACUGGUUAUCUGACAACUCAAAUGGAGUGACAUUACUAAAUCACUGGCAUAGAGGUAGACUCUGAGCCAUGUUUGUACUAGACCUUGUUACACAUACUACAUCAUGGGUGGCCAGGCAUGUUCUUCUUCCUCAUGACGUUACAACUGGUCUGUUAGUGCUAAUACAAUCAAACUAUUGAUACUGUUUGCAUAAGCACAUCAUACAGUCUGUUAACCAGCUGAUGGCUGUGCUGGUCCAUAGACAACACUUUCAUUGAAGGCCUGUGAAAACUAACACUUGACAUUGUUUAAUAACCAUUGAGUAAAUCUGUCACUAAACACUGUCACCCUGUGAUUCUUAAACAAUGUCAUGUUUUGUUUAUCAAUAACCCUUAAAUACAUUAGUCAAUGUAUUGGUUCAUUUUGGAGAAUAUACAAACCACUAUUCAGUAAUGCUAUUAAAAUAAAGUUCAUUCAUUAACAGUUUGCAAGGCAGGUCCUCAAAUAAAGUGUCUGUCUAUAAACUAGAGACCAAUUUCAACAAAUGCACUGCUAGGCAACCAUAUUUACUCUGUGUUGCUAUCUUGAGUAAAAUGCUGACUGGUCUUUGACCAAAUGUUCUUUUUAUCUUUUACAUUGUUUCUUCAUUGACAGUAGGUUGAGUAGAGAUAAUGGGUGAAAUAAAAACUUCCUGAAUUGAAUGGAAUAUAUCCACGACCCAGUAGAGUGGUUUGAAAGACACAGUUAAGAAGAUCUUUUGUAAUGUAAUGCCGUGAUUGGCUGUGUGUUCUUUGAGGUAAAAUGCUCUUUGGGUUCAAUAGUAAAAUGAAGAAAACUAAGUAAUUUAUUCAUUUACAAGCAGAGCAUUCAUUACUCGCUAUGUGUGAUUUGUGCAUUUGAUUGUUUUUUGUUUGUUGUUUCAAUUUCCUCUUUGUUCAUGUGUUUAUGUUUACCUGUAUAUGCUUUAUUCUGAUCAUACGAUUUUAUUUUAAGGAAAUGCACUUGUUACAGAACUGAAACUCACUAGAUGGCAUGAUGAUUGGCAUCUGACAGGACAGCAAUGAGAUGUGGAAAUGUUAUUUAGUCUGGCUUUAGUUCAUUUUGCUAUAUGUACUUGCCUAAGAAAGUUUUGUUUUUUGCUUUUGCAUAAAAUAAGGAAAAAAUACAAAUAAAGUGUGUUAGGUGGUUUUUA